AUGUCGGCCAGCGCCGCUCCGGUCGCGGUGCAGCGUAUCGCUUCGGGCCCGACGGACACAGAGGUGCUCCUGUGGACGUGCCAGGAGAUGUACGUGUACCAAAUACCCCCGCUGAAGAACGAGUCGGGCCACCGCGCAAACGACUGGGACGUCAACAAGUGGCUCUGGUCGGGCAAGCUGAGUGUGUUCAGCAUCGGAAACGUGGUGCAGGUGCGGCUGACCGACCCGACGAGCGGUGCGCUCUUCGCCAUGUGCCCGGUCAACGAGCCCGGCUCCAAGGCCAUCGACCCCGUCGCAGUUGAAGGCCUAUUGCAAUAG